AUGAAGAAAAGAGUAUCAACUGAUAUUCAGUGGCAAAUAAUUCGAAAAACUUCGUCGUUUUUACGACGUCAGCGUGGAAUUCCAAAGCAUUUCAGCAGAGAACGUUUUAAUUUGAAAGGUGUUAACAGUAUUCGGUACAAUGGGUUGAUUAACAAGAAAGGUUUAGAUAUCCAAGCAACAGAUGAUGGCAAAGGCAUUGUGAUUAAUAUGAAGAAAAGAAGUAGGUUUUAA